AUGCCGACAAGAGUUGCCCCUUCAUCAUCGCCCAUGUCAUCAUCGCCUGCCUCAUCAGGCUCCCCGAGCGAGGAUGAAGCGCCAGGACCUGCGCAAGGUCAUCUCGCGAUAAGGGACAAAGGGAAAGGCCGCGAUGUGUCAAUCGGAAAGCGGAAGCGCGCGGGUACUGCUCAAGUAGAGCAAUCUUCGCGGUGCCGCACAAACGGGCGCUCCGGGGAUAGAGACGAAGAAUACGACUCUGACGUAUACGACCCGGAUCAACCCAUGGAUGAGCGAAGAGAGAUCCAGCGCAGGCUCCGCGAGCUUCAAAAGGGAAUCAAUGAGAACCUAGAGGAGUACAUGACCCCGGGCUCGACAGGACUCAAGGAUACCUUGAUGAUGGCGCAAGAAGUCGCCCGAGGCGUAAAACAGACUACAGAGGCUACGAUUGACUCCCGUUUGCUUGUCAGCGCAGUUGACCUGUCAUAUCGAAAAACCGUAAGGUUAAUGCAAGGAGGCACGACAGAAGGUGUUGAUAUCGACGAGUUCGUAUCCAAGUGCUGCACAUAUAUGCGGCAAGCAGGCGGCAUCGAGGAUGACGAAGCACCGGAGCUUUCAAGCACACAAGCACGGAGGCGCAGGACGGGUAACGAUGGUCGACUUGACGACGAAGGUAACGAUGAAGCAUUCAACUGGAGUCACCUAGGGAAAUUCGCCUCGCUGCCGAACGUCCGGCGGCCGGCCCUCCCUGGCUUUCUGUUGGGUCCUCUGUCCGUCGAAAAGAAGGUUCGGAAGAUUUCAAAACGCACAGCACCUUUCCGGCCAAACAAUUUAGCGGAAACACGUCCUGAAGUCCUGAACGUGGAAGACUUGGCUAAGAAAGAAAACGACCUCACGGCGAUCUGCAGCAAGAUUCUUAAGCAACUACAAGAUAUUCAAAGUGACGCCCAGACGAAGCUGGUAGAGCUGUUUGACGAAAGAGAAAUGAGCGAAGAAGAACAGAUCAAGGUGAUGCACGAACAUGGCCUCCGAGAAACGGGAGGAGUCGACCUCCUUCGCUUCGUUGUGAAUCCAAAAUCCUUUGGCCAGACAGUUGAAAACAUGUUUUAUGUCAGUUUUCUCAUUCGCGAUGGCAAGGUCGGAAUCGAGUUCGACAGCAACGACCUCCCAUCUUUAAGUCCUAUAGGAGGGGAUGAAGUGGAGGAGGAAGGCGGAGUCAAGCGUGAAAAGGCAAAGCAGCAGGCCAUUUUCUCAAUGGACAUGCAAACGUGGCAAGACAUUAUUGAUACAUUCGACAUAAAGGAGCCGAUGAUUAAACACAGAAAGGAGGCGACAGCACAAGGCCCCGGUGCUAGGGGAUGGUAUAGUUAA